UCAGUAGUCAGCUGCUUUUAGAAUGGAUCUGUUGUUUCUCAGCCGGCGAAUUUUCCUGGGCGAUGGCAGCCAAAACGCCCUGAUCCAUGGCGGCAUCAUCGUGGAUACAGAGGGCAUUAUACGCAGGGUGCUACGUUCACCGCAGGAGGUUAAUACCUAUUUGUACAACACAGAAUCCGAAUCGGUUUACGAUUUCGGGGACCUGGUACUGAUGCCCGGUCUGAUUGAUCCCAAUGUCCAUAUCAACGAGCCGGGUCGCAAGGACUGGGAGGGUUUUGCAACUGCCACCAAGGCGGCGGCCGCCGGUGGCUUCACCACAAUCAUCGAUCGACCCACCAACGCGCAACCACCCACCGUUAGUGUGGCCCAUCUCAAGGCCAAAACGUCGACGGCCCGUGGAAAGAUCUAUGUGGACGUGGGUUUUUGGGGCGGACUAGUGCCCGGAAACGGGGAUCAGCUGGCUGCACUUUUGGGUGCCGGUGUCAUGGGUCUGCAGUGCACAUUGUGCGAUCCCGCGGCGCCCGUCUCUCAGGAAUUUCCCGCCGUAAACGAAUCUCAGCUGGAGGAGGCUCUUUCCCAGUUGGACAAGGAUCAGGCUGAAGGGGAAGCAAUCGUAGCGGUGCAUGCUGAGCUGCCGCUGACCACCGAAAUCCAUCCGGACGAGGAGGCGCCCCGGGAGUAUGGCACUUUCCUGGUGACUCGUCCACCCCAAAUGGAGAUUUCCGCGACGCAGUUGCUCUGCCGGCUGGCGAAUCGCCACCCGCGGCGCUGCAUACACAUCCUCAACUGCAGCAGCGGCGAAAGUCUGCCGCUGGUGGAGGAGUGUCGACGGCAGGGCGGGAAUCUAACGGUGGACACCUGUCCGCAUUACCUGGCCCUGGCGGCCGAGGAUGUGCCCGAUUGCGGCACGGAGUUCAAGACCUGGCCACCGAUUCGGGAGCGUCGCAAUCAGGAGCAAUUGUGGCAGGCUCUGAGACCGGGCGGAGCCAUCCGCAUGAUUGGCAGUGAUCACUCGCCGGCGACGCCGGGUGCACGUGCUCUCACCUGCGGAAGGGGGCGUGGCAACUUCCUGAAGGCGUGGCCGGGCAUCAACUCGUUGCAACUCAGCCUGUCGGUCGUUUGGACAGCGGCCGCCAAUCGGCGAGGAUCCGCCAACCUGACCAUCGCGGACAUCCAUCGUCUGAUGUGCCAGGAGCCGGCGAACCUGUGCGGCUUGUCCGCCUCGAAGGGCCGCAUUGCCGAGGGCUACGAUGCCGACUUCUGUGUGUGGAGUCCCGAGGAGGAGUUCACCGUGGGCCCGGAGCUGCUCUACACGGCCACGAAGGCCACCCCGUACGCGGGUCAAAAGUUGCGGGGCGUGGUGCAUGCCACGGUGGUGCGGGGCCUGCAUGUCUACCAACAGUUCGAGGGCUUCGGCCAGCCCCUGGGCAAGGUGCUGCUUCGGAGGAGCAGUCGAAAACUGGUCAAGUUCGUGAGCAUGUGAGGGAGAUGGGAUGGCAGGGAUUGGCAGGGAUUGGGAUGAAGUUGACGGAAGUGGGUGGUGGAUGGGAGGUAAACUUUGUUAAUUAAAAUCAUUAAGAGAUUGGGCUGUGUUCGUUGAUAUUCCGUCGUCACCUUCCCGUCUUACCGAUACACUUUCCCAGGGGUAUAGCUCUUUUCUGGCAUAUGAUUCAAAAAUUAUUCAUUUAAUCCGCCCACGAUGCAAUUAAUUAACACAACCCUCAGUCGGAAUUGAAAAAGGUUUCACAUAACAAUUUAUAAAUACCAAUAAUUGUGGGCUUAAAAACAUAAUUCAUAAGUGCCUUGCAAAUCCCUUGAAUUUUCAUCUCGUAAUAAGCGUUGGCAAUUUGCACAAUAAAUGUUAUUCUAAUAAUAGCGAAAUAGCACGUUUUUAUAUCACAAACAAGGACUUAUCAGAUUAAAAGGCAAAGGUAUCAACAUGUUGACAAUCUGUUGAUAUGUUCAUUGUCAUUUUCCCGUUUUUUUCCCCUUUUUUAAAUAUUUUUAUUUUUUGUUUGUGUGUGUUUUUGAUCGUAUUUAGAGUAACGAGCGUGGCACAAGACUUUUUUUUUUUUUUGGACUCAACUCUAAAAGUUGGCUUCCCAUUUCUGGUUUUCCCCCCAUCUAUGCCCACUUCGUUAAUGUUUCCUUUUGCCGCUUCAAGGAUAGGAAGGAGCAGAAGCGACGAGGAUGAGGACAAGUGGAAGUGGGCGUGGGAGGGCCAGGACGUGCAACAAGUUGUCGCGUGGCAACGCCGCGUAAACAUGACACCAGUCGACCUCACGGAAACCCAUCACCGAGCCAACCCAUCCCAUUGCAUGUGUGCCUGUCCCGCGUUUUUCCAUCACUUUUCCCUCGCUUUUUCCUCGCUUUUCCAGGCAUGCGGAUGACAGCUUAAGUUUGCUUGCCAGGCGUCAACUCAAUUUUUGCACUACACUAUAGGCUG